AUGAGUCCAUUGAGGCUUCCACUGUCAAUGACUUCCACAUACCCAGAGAAUCACGCAAUCAUUAUCAAUGCAUGGUCUAUUGGGCGAGACCCAAGUGCGUGGACCGAUGCAGAGAAGUUCAUUCCUGAGAGAUUUGAAGGAAGUAAUGUAGAUCUUCGCGGACAUGACUUCAAGCUUCUUCCAUUCGGUGCUGGACGCAGGGGAUGCCCAGGACUACAGUUGGGUUUGACCAUGGUUCGGCUAAUGCUAGCACAAAUGGUGCAUUGCUUUGAUUGGGAGCUUCCAGAUAAUAUGUUGGCUACUGAAUUGGACAUGACCGAAGAGUUUGCUCUGACAACUCCUAGGGCUAACCAUCUAAUGCUUGGUGCAAUAUCUGAAUUUAUGGUUUAUAGAAUCUUGAAUGGAAUGAAUCCCACGGAGACAACGCAGAGAAAGACGAAGAGAGGCAGAACCCUCUCUAAAAUUCAAGCACAUAAGUUGUUCUUUGCCCAAAAAGCCCUAGAAGGUGCAUGA